GGCAUGCAGCCGAGCUCACAAGUCAAGCUCGAGCUAUAUAAGAGACAGCAGAAGACCAAGAGCACACACAUACACACAUCAUUUCUGCUGUUCUCACAUUUCGAAUCAGUUGAAGAAGUCUUCAUUGCUGUAGACGACUUUGACCUGGUGACCCUGUGCCCACUGUAGCGUCAGAUUGCUGUUCUUGGCUGACAGAGCGGAACCUGAUGUGGUCUUCUGCUGCUGUAGCUCCUCCACCUAAAGGAGUUCGGUGUCAGGAUUAUAUUUAGCGUGAAAAGAAGAAAAGGUCAUCACCAGAGGUGAAAGGCCGCCAGAACAGACUCAAGAUGGCGUACAGGCUAACGUGGGUCUUUCUUCUUCUCCUCUUUGGAAUUUCCAUUACCUUCACUCGAGGAUCCAUGAAGCACAAUCCAGCUGUGUUCCAUACUGACGAUGACUACGAGUGGACAACUUGGUUCAACGUCGAUCACCCUGGAGGGAAGGGAGAUUACGAGCAGCUGGAUGCGAUUCGUUUCUAUUACCGAGCUCGUGUGUGCGAUUCCCCACGGGCGCUGGAAGCUCGUACUACAGACUGGAUACCAGCUCGUGGAACUGGAGAGAGAGUGCACGCUGAACCCACCGUGGGCUUCUGGUGCAUCAAUUCAGAACAACCUGAAGGAAAGAACUGCUCUAAUUAUGCAGUCCGUUUCCUUUGCCCAAGAGACACAAAGCCGGACACUCAAGGAGUGUGGGGUCAGUGGUCAGAAUGGACCCCGUGUCCUGCACAAUGUGGCCACGUCGCAGCCCAGAUCCGCUCCAGAACGUGCACAACCCAAUCCAGGCAGUGCAACGGUCUAAAGAUGGAGAGCAGACAGUGCAAAGGACCCACAUGUCCAGGUUGUAGUCUGCAGUGUGUGAUGGGCAAGGCGAACACAGACUGUAAUGCUUGCAUGUGUGAGGAUCACAUAGUGCUUGGGUCAGUUCGUAGAGCUGGAAGUCUCCCAGCUCCUGGGGCAGCCAUUCUACUUUUAGGCACAAGCCCCAAACUUCUCACGCUAUCUGACCACAAUGGACACUUCCGUGUACCAGGGAUCUGCCCAGAUGGCAACACUACACUGCUGAUCAACCUGCAGGGCCAUAUGCCUCAGCAAAUUGUCAUGCCACUGAGCUCUGAGCCCACAACUGUACUUCAUGUGAAGCUGGAGAGAGCAAGAAACCUGUAUGUGCAAAAGAACCCAGAGACAAAAGCGAGGAGAAUGGGUCAGACAGCUGCCUUCUGCUGCAAGGUUACUGGUUCACCUGAACCUGAUGAGUACCAGUGGUUUCACAAUGGAACUCUGCUUGAGAAGAGUGUGUAUCACUAUGAUGAGACACUGGUUUUGAGGAACCUAAGAAUGGAUCAGGCUGGAGAGUACUACUGCAGAGCCAGCAGUGAGAAUGGUGCUAUUAAAUCCAAGCCAGCCACACUCUCAGUCAUAGGUCAAGCCGAGCCUUCAUGCAGCCCGAAUCCUGAACCCCACAUGAUCCGUCUGCCUCAUGACUGCUUCCAGAACCACACAAACUCAUUUUACUAUGACGUAGGAAGAUGUCCCACAGAAACAUGUACUGGCCAACUGGACAACGGUAUUCGAUGCAAAGACUCCAUAUCUUUCUGCUGUGGGGUGUCCAAAAUGGAAGAGAGACAGAUAACAUGCCAAGGCUACCAGUUACCUACUAUGGUGGUCACCCAGUGUGGCUGCAAAAAAUGUGUGGAAACAAAGACAAUAGUUCGUGGCCGUGCUACUGCAGCAGAUACAGGAGAGCCCUUAAGGUUUGGACACAUCUACAUGGAUGGAGAAACGAUUAGCCGAACAGGAUACAAGGGCACUUUCUCCAUCCAGGUUCCCACAGAUACUGAAAGGCUGGUUCUUACUUUUGUAGACAACAUGCAAAAGUUUGUGAACACUACUAAAGUACUUUUGUUCAACAACAAAGGUGGAGCUGUGUACCAUGAGAUCAAAAUGCUGAGGAAAAAGCCUCCUGUUACCUUAAGCUCAACUGACACCAACAAACUACAGCUUGGAGAAAUACAAGGUGAGGAACCUAUGGCUGAGAUUGAAAUUCCACCAAACUCUUUCUACAGACAGAAUGGAGAGGUAUUUGUAGGAAAUGUGAAGGCUAGCGUUACCUUCAUGGACCCAAGAGAUGUAUCCACAGCAGCAGCUGCUCAAAGCGAUCUCAACUUUGUUGGUACCGAAGGUGAUACCCUCCCCUUAAGAACCUACGGCAUGUUCUCAGUGGACUUCAGGGAUGAGGUGGAUGGCGAGUCACUAAAUGCUGGAAAAGUAAAAGUUCGUCUUGAUGCGGCCCAAGUGAAGAUGCCGGAACAUCUGAAGUCAAUGAAGUUGUGGUCCCUCAACCCUGAGACUGGUCUUUGGGAAGAAGAAGGACAGCUUCAUAUGGAGAAGAAACAACGUCGAAAGCGAGAAGAAAGGACUUUCCUCAUAGGAAACAUGGAAAUCCGAGAAAGAAGGCUGUUUAACUUGGACGUGCCUGAAAACAGAAGAUGCUACAUUAAAGUCAGAGCUUUCCGUAGUGAACGAUUUAUGCCAAGUGAGCAAGUAGAGGGUGUUGUGAUAACACUGAUCAAUAUGGAGCCUACAGCUGGUUACUCCACCAACCCUCGUGCAUGGGGUAGGUUUGAUAGUGUCAUCACUGGUCCCAGUGGUGCAUGUCUACCUGCCUUCUGUGAUGACCAAAGAGCAGAUGCUUAUUCUGCUUAUGUCAUGGCAAAUCUUGGAGGGGAAGAACUGGAAGCAGUAGCUUCAGCACCAAAAUUAAAUCCCAACAUCAUUGGUGUCCCUCAACCCUAUUUGAAUAAGCUGAACUACAGAAGAACAGAUCACGAUGAUGAUAGAAUCAAGAAGACGGCGUUCAGUAUCAACAUAGCAAAACCCAGCCCAAACACAGCUGAAGAAGCAAAUGGUCCAAUUUAUCCAUUUGAAAAACUGAAGGAGUGUGAAGAAGCGCCAUUUAAUGCACCACACUUCCGCUUUUCAAGAGUCGAAGGAGAUCGCUAUGACUACAACACUGUUCCUUUCAAUGAGGACGAUCCAAUGAGUUGGACAGAAGACUAUUUGAGCUGGUGGCCAAAGCCAACGGAAUACCGAGCUUGCUAUAUUAAAGUAAAAAUCAACAGCCCGCAUGAAAUCAAUGUCCGUUCUCACAACAUGGGCGGCACCCACCCGAGAACAGUUGGCCAACUAUAUGGCCUUCGUGACACCCGUAGUAUCCGAGACAGGGACCAGUCAAGUGUCUCAGCAGUCUGUUUGGAGUUCAAAUGCAGUGGCAUGCUCUACGACCAAGACCGAGUGGAUCGCACCCUAGUGAAGGUGAUCCCGCAGGGUAGUUGUAAGCGAGACAGCGUCAACAGCAUGCUACAAGAGUACUUGGUCAAUCAUCUUCCACUGGCUGUCAACAAUGACACCAAUGAGUUCACCAUGCUUGCACCACUGGAUCCUUUGGGCCAUAAUUAUGGCAUCUACACAGUUACUGACCAAGAUCCUCGCACAGCUAAGGAGAUAGCACUUGGACGCUGUUUUGAGGGUACAUCAGAUGGGACAUCACGAGUAAUGAAGAGCAAUGAAGGUGUGGCAUUAAUCUUCACUUGUGGUGACAAAGAGGUCACCAGACAGAGCGUGUUCCAGCAGCUCCAGAAUGCUCCAGGCCGGGCUAUAGCGGGAACGACUCGUCCAGGGAGAGGCAACCGAAGGCAGAGAGGAGACUCUUCAGCCGCACUCCGUAACAGCCGGAGAAGAAGUACACGCAACCCCAACAGACGCCAAAGCUCAUAAUGAAUACGUGUAAUACAAACGGGCUGGAGAGACCUACUACGCUGGUGUGAACAACUUUGAGCAUAAUAGUAAAUGUUUUUUGUUUUUUAAUCUAGUGCAUAAUUCCUACAUGCUAUAAGGUGUACUGAGAAACAACAUUUAUGGGUUAGAGUACAGGUUCCUAACUCUGGUCCUGGAGUACUCCCUCUCGUGUGUAUUUUAGGUUUUGCUGUUGGUGUGUGUUUUUUUUUUUUUUUUUUUUUUUUUAAAUGUUUUCUCUGCUCCCAACACACCUGCUUCAACUAAACAGCUAAUUCUGGAGUGGAAUUAUGUUAGAACAGGGAAAACACAAGGUGAAGGACCAGGGUUAAAGAACAACUAAUCUCUGUAGUACCACAAACUGAAAUUAAAUGGUUUCUGUUUUCAUGAGAUGUAAAACACAUCAGCAGGUUCAUAGUAAUAUUAGAAAUAAAAGUUCCAGGAAUACUAUUGACCAGUAACAAUUAAGGAUUUUUUUUUUUUUUUAAACUAAACACAGCAAUUCUUAAGGCAUAUACUUAACACUUACUUACCUGUACUGUGAUAGUUACUACUUGAAAUUGUAAAUAAUGGGAUAUUUAUUUCAUACACAAUGAUAAGUAACCAGAACUUAAAUACUAAUGUCUGUGUAUUUGACUCACACUACAGAGGUUUUCCGAAAAAAUAAAUAAAUAAAAAAUUCCUUUCAACCAACCAAUCAUUUUUAUUAAAUUAGAUCCUUAAAAAACACUGCUGGAGUCAUAUUGACCAUUUUUUGCUUUUUUUCCCCAAAUGGUUAGAAGGGGAAAACCCCAAAACAAAAGGAAAACCUCAGAUAUUGAUUGGGAGCAAACGUUUUUAUCUGUUCAGCCUGUAAUCUUCUUCCUCGAUACAAACCUGCAGAAGCUACAACAAAAGACCAAGCCUCACACUCCUGCACUAGUAAUGUAACUCUACCAGCAUUAGAGCAAAGUAAACAUUUAAAUGGAAAGAAAAAGUCAAAUCACUUUCAGAACAACUGAAUAGCACAUCAUUACAAACGCCGCAUUCAAAUUGUACUUACUUUUUUCUGCUUUUCCAUCCUUUUUUUUUUUUAUUU